UAGUGUCCUUUCUACUUUGUCUGUGGCUGUGUUUCAGUGAGGUGAGAAUGUGACGGAAGUGUACAAAUCGAAAUAUCAGACAGUGUUUAAAAUCUUGGUAACUAUUACCGCGAUUCGCUAGUAUCAUCAGAUCAAACAAUACUGCCCCACGGUUCAAGUAGUGUGUGCUGUUCGGCAACAGAGUUUCGGAUAUCGGACCAGACUUCUGCAGACUGAGCUCUGUCUAUGAAUGAAUCAGUCAUCUCGUGAAGGUGGGAAAGUAUCGUAAUAAUGGAAGCUGCCGACAUGGAUGAGAUAAUCGCCGGGUUGAAAAAUGCAACAAUAGAAAAGAAUCCUGAACAGGCUGUACCGCUGCUGAAGCGAAUAACUGAUGCGGAAAAUAAUCUCAGCGAUAAAUACGACAUUAGAACCGAUUUGCUUGAACUGCUGUCGCUGGAUGAUCAAACGGUCUGCAUACAGGUAGCUCGGUGCAUUGCAGAGAUAGCGAAGUCGGAAGCGCAACGAGAUAAGUUCACCAAAGAGGAUAUCAUUCGGAAGCUUGUUUCAUUUUUGUCGUCGGAAAAUGAAAAGAGCAAGCUUGAACUGACUACUCAGGUGUGCCGAGCUUUGGGUAACAUUUGCUAUGCUAAUGACGAUGCGCGUAACAUAAUUAAAGCCACUAAGGGCGACGAGCAAAUUUUUUCGCUCCUAGAUUUGGAUCUGGACACCGACGAGGAAGACAAAGAUCAGUUUGUACGAGUAAGAUGUGGUUUGAUUUCGAAUUACUUGCUCGGGAGCGAUGACAUAGCAGAAAGAGCGGUGGAACUCCAAAUUAUCGGAAAGAUUGAGAAAAUCCUGAAUCGAUGCGUUGCUGAUGUCGAUAAGUACGAAGAUCUGCUGCUAAACAUACUGCCACCAUUAAGUAUUUUAACGGAGCAGAUAAGUGAUUUAUACUUUGAGCCAUCGCUGAACAAAUUGAUCGCACAAAUUUUGGCAAAAUGUACCAAUCCAGAUUUGGCCGAAUCAUGUCUAGCGUUGCUGCAUUAUGAGGCGCAAAACGACGAAGUUAAGCUACUACUGGCCGAGGAAGGUCUGUGCGAAACAAUAUAUAAACUGCUGGAAAAGUACAAAACCUUCGCCAAUACGGACGAGGCACGGGUGCUGAUGAAGCUGGCUUGUGAUCUUAUUGUACUUAUUCUGACUGGAGAUAAGUCGAUGCACUAUUUGUAUACAACUCCGUUGCUGAAAUAUAUGGAAGAUUGGCUCGAUUCGUACGACGUUGAGUUGUUGACUACCGGCGUUCUGGCUUUGGGAAAUUUCGCACGUACUGAUCGGCACUGUAUCUACAUGGUGGAGAACAAAAUCAUGCAUAAAUUGCUCUCUAUUCUAGCAAAGAACAAUGGCAUCGACCACCAGAUGACACUGCAGCAUGCUCUGUUGAGCACUCUGAAGAAUCUAGUAAUACCGAAACCGAAUAAGGCUGCCGUAAUUGAAGCCGGUUUGGUAGACAUCAUUCUACCGAUGUUGGAAAUUCACCAACCACCGGUUGUGUUUAAGCUUCUCGGAACGCUCCGGAUGACAGUGGACGGACAAGAAAGUAUAGCGCGAGAGCUUUUGCAGAACGAAAAACUUAUCAAACAGUUAGUUCAUUGGAGUAAAACCUCCGAGUUUACGGGAGUUCUGGGAGAAUCGCUACGAUUGAUGGCGUGGCUGAUUAAGCAUGCCUACCAUGCAAACCAGAACCUAUCGGCGGCGGAUGACGUCGGCUUGCGAAAGUUCGUUGCAGUCGACGGAUCGGUCGAGAGUAUGGUAAGCAUGCUGACUUCUACGCAUUUGGUAAUGCAGAACGAGGCAUUGAUAGCGCUUAGCAUUUUGUCGACGGUUUUCCACAACAAAACUGCCGACGUACAGCUGGACCAUCUGUUGAUAGAGGCCGAUGUGGGUGCCAAGCUGGCCGAGCAAAUCACGCUGAAUGGGGAAACUAUGACGAAAGAAAUAGUGGAAAACUUACAGACAUUCGUUAAGCUUUUGAAAACAUCGCCCGAAUGUGUUGAGCAUCUCAAAAAACACAAUAUAGACGAAUUGCUAAAGUCUAUACCUAGUCUGGUCGAGUAUUGCACACUCUAAGUGCUUGAUUUUUAUAUUUUUGUCUGUUUUUUUAGUCACAAUGCUGAUCAGUAUUGUUUUCCACAUGCAAAUGUUCUGUUGCAUCAACUUCUAUAAAUUUUGUGCACUGCGAACGGGACAAAUUGCAAGAAGUUAAGAUGCAUCCUUAAGACUUUUUAUAAUUCAUUUGUGUGAUACAGAUUAUUCUCAAGAACAAGGCGCUGGGUGCUUUUAAAGUUUUUUGAAUUUAUCAGCCAAGAAAAGUUGCAGGAUAACAUUCAUAGCUUAUGGUUAUAUGCAGGCUUGCUAGGCUACUGGCAAAUUUAUUUUAAGCAUUUUGAAUUGCUUCUCAUGUGAUAUGGCGUAUUAAAUGGUAUCUGACAAUUGAAAUUGCUAAUCCCUUGAUAUUAGUAAGCAUUAUAAUUAUAGUUCUUUAUGGCUCAGGUGCUUAUUAGAAUACGGAUUUCAAACUUUCUGUAAAUUGAGUCCACAGUACUAUUAAAUAGGUUCUUCUGUCAACAUGCUAUUUAUCUCUAAAAGCUCUCGUCGUUCGAUUUGUAUAAGAAGGUACGAGAUCAAAACAGACUUUAUUCGUAGAGCGAGAUGAUCUGUAAUCUUAUGAUUUUUUUUAUAAUCUUGUUUUACAACAAAAUUUGAAAUAAACAUCGUAAGGAUUGUGUUAUAGACACAAUAGUGUGGUUGACGUAGGACUACAUUUGACAAGUUCUUUCUAUGAAACAUUGCAUAAGAAAACUUUUUAACAAGCUUGACUCAUACAGCCAACACAACUUAUAAUAAAUAACCUGUAGAUAACCAUUAACCAUAAUAUGUUAUGUUCAGUAGGCAAUAUAAGAUAGUAUUAUCUGAAACAAAUACUGUUGCUAUCAACAAAAUCGGGAAAUGCCAAAUUCGAACUCUCACUGCCACUCUGUUGGUUCCGUGUUGUUCCAUUGCAUGAAUGAUUAUAAAACGUGGCAUGUUUUUUAGAUUUUGCGGAUUUACCUUCCCGUAAAACGUAGUCCUACGUCAAUAGUGUUUGUCAUUGGCGACGGUCACCAAUGUUUUAAAAAUUUUCGAUGUUUCGUAAUACGGUCCUGUUAUUAAUCUAUUAGAAAAAGGGUGGACCCAGAAUUUCAAACUAUUUACCAUUUCGAUCGUUUCAGUCAAUACUUGUAGUAACGCAAAGUGAAAGUCUUUACUGUCCCAUUGUUCACUAUUUCUAUACAUUUCAUAGCAAUGCAUUGUUUGUACAAUUCACAUGGUUUGCAAUUUUUUUCCGAUGUGAUAAUAGGUGGGCAAAAGAAAUUUACAAAUCUAAGUAUUUUUUUGUUUCUAAACAAUCAAUUAAAUAUGCAAUUACUCAUCUUGAUUCUACAUCUUGAUCGAACAUUCUUUGGCUACAACACGUCUCUUUGGUGGAUUUGGGUCAAAUGUUAAGGUUUAAAACAACUUUGGCUUCAAAAUAGGAAUCCUUAUCAGAAGCAGAACGGAUCUGAUCAAAAAGUAGAAUCGAACUGAUUUUCUUUAGUCAUUAAAUGUGUCGAAAGUACCCAGUAGGUUUGCGUAGGUUCGAAUUUCAAACUUUGAACACAUUUUUUAAAGUAGAAGUUUAGUUAAAUCAAUAAAUAUAUGAAUAAACUGAAAACAAUCAUUGCAUUUAUUGAAUACGUGCUAAAUAGUAAUAGAACGAGUGAAGCAAAACAUAGUUGAAACAAUAGGCUUCUUUUCUAAAGAUACUAUUUUAAAUUUUAACAAUGAAAUAAUACAAAGAUCAAGACUAACUUUUUCCUGAUAUCUUUCUACGCUGUCACACAAAUACAACCCUUCAGUAGGAUUCGAGUACAAUUUUUUCCCCUUGUACGUAGUAUAGACUACACUGUUUUAAUGUUUUACAAAAAUACUACAUUUCGAACGAAAACAUGUUAAAAUGCAUCUUAAACCGAAUAAUAAGCAAUGUUUUUUCAUAUUAGUCGGAUGACGAAAUGUUACACAAUCAAAUUUAUUAAACAAUUCAUGUCGUUCAUGCGCAAAAAAAACACAAGAUUGUUAUUUACAAGCAUAUAAUAAAAUAACUUAUAAUUUUUGACUAAAAUGUAGGGAAAGCACAAAGUUGUCGAGUUGAGUGUAUUGAUUUCAAAUAGAAGACAAGGUUAUCGGAUAAGUCGAGAAAAUGCUUACUGGACUGCACACGUCCAUUUUAUUGGAAUGAACAGUUACACGAUAAAAACCAGUACCAAUUAAUUAAACGCAAAGGACACAUCGAAUAAUAUUGGAAUAUAAUGGUAGGUACAUUGAGAAUGCUGUUGUGUGGAAAACACGAUUCAACUGAAAAAUUACAGACAUUCGCAAGCCGUGGGUUAGCCGAUUAU